CGCAUUGUCACGAAAGGAUUUGUUUUGGAGAGGAAGUUUUUGCGUUUCGUUCUUCCAGACAGCCGGCAAUUUUUUGCCCCUUCCGUAGUAGAAUUGAGCAAUUUUGACACCGAUUGUGAUUUGUUUUUAAAGCAAUCAAUAAUUAACUAGUGAUUAGGUGUAUAUCGUUUGUGUGCGAGAUGCGUUGUGUGGCUUGUAAUUAUUAUAUAUGGAGUUACUUCAUAGCGUUUGCGGAGAUUUUUGUCUCGUUCAAGGUGGCCUCAGCACUGCUGGCUUGCUCCCGUGUGAAUGAUCUCGAUCGGGAUAUUGUAUGUUAUGAUGUGGAACCAAUAUUUGUGCUGCUGGUCUUGUACAAUAUCCUUUCGCUCAUGCUCAUCAUAGGAGUAGCAAAGCGAAUGGAAAAACUUCUUCAAGUCUACCAAACAUGUACAAUAACAUUGAAAGCAUCGGCUAUUGUACGGCGGGCUGUUCUGUCCGCCACAGAGUAUAACGAGGCAAACAUGGAAAAGACUGUAGCUGAAAUGAAGAUAAUAAUAAUAUUUACAUUGAUCUUUACCCUUGAAGCCUUGGUAGUUGCUGGAGCAUGCAGGAAAAUUCGGAGAGAGCAACAGGAGCCCCAAUAUUAUGUUGACGUGGUUUAGAGAGAGGCUGGAUGUAAAACAGAAAAAAAAACACGAGGUUUGCAAUCCGAUUUGUGUCAAAGCUCCAACAAAUCCCGCAUCGGUAAAACGUUAUCCAUGGGACUGCAUAAGUGAAAUCCUUGAAAUCAACGUUUUCGUCCAGAGAAUUAUAUAUAUAUAUGAAUAUUUAUAUUUACAUAGCAUAUAUACGACACCAGUUUUCACCCUUUUUGCGCAAACAAACCGAAGCAUGCUUUCCAGUCAAUUUAGGAUAAUAUAGCGUAUAGUAAUAAAGGUCAACAAAUUUUGCCAAUUCGAA